GGUUGUCAUUAGACAGAAGUUGAUUAAGGAGAGGAAAACCUAAAUCUCAAUACUAACUAUAUUUGGUUUUGUAGGCUUUGUCAUGAAAUCUCUAAUUAUGAUGAUUCUUAAAGAUCCUUGAAAGUUUUUAGGUAAUAUAUUGAUUAUGGAGAUUCAAGGGGUGAGGAGGGGAAGUCAGGAAGAGAAGGAAGAAGAUGUCAGCUAGAUUGCUGAAGAAAGUUUUGAAAGAACAAGGGCAACGGACUCAGCAAUUCAUAGCUGAAGAAGAAGAUGAUGACGAGCAGCAGCUGAACGGCGACGAAUCGGAGUCUCCAGAUUCGGGCACUCGUUCUUUGAAGAACCCGUUCGACCUGCUCAACGAGGACGAUGAAGAGGACAACCCCGAUCAGGUUGAGGAGCCCGAAGUUGCUGAUGAGACCUCAGGUGGAAAACAACGAGUUCCUGUGAUGAAAAAUACUAUUUCACAAGCUUCUGAUAACAAAUCAAAGAAAAAGAAGAAAAAGAAGGAGAAGAAAAGCAAGGGUGGGAAUUCGGAUAAAUCUGAAAAAUCAUUGGAUGCGGCCUUAGAAACUUUAUCUUUAGAUGUAAGUUCGUCUGAGCCUCAGUCUGACCCUGUGAAAACCAAAUCAGAAAAUGCUAAAGUUUGUGACAAUCUUGUCAAACGAACUGGCUGCUCUAUAUUACAAGUGGAUCCCAAACAUCUUAAUGCUGAAAAUGAGCUGAAGAGAAAUUUUGGUUCUAAGACCAUUGGCCUCGCUGGGAUGGGUCUUUUUCUAUGGAACUUUUGGAAACCAAGGAUGGGUAUAAUUACUUCAGGGGCUGGGUUCAGUGCAAGUUGCUGACUUGAGAAACUGUAAUACUCUCCUCUUUUUUUUUUUCUUUUUCAAUUACAGAAAGAACUUCCCUCCUUCUUUUUUUUUACCUUCCUAUGAUGAUUUUAUGUGGUUUAACUUGAGUUCUAUUGGGAAUUUUGAGCACCACAAUCCCACACAAACAGAAGCGAUAAAAGAAAUUGAGACAA